CACGCAUCGAGGACAGCCCAUCCCGGACCCUUUUCCCCGCCAGACCUCCGCACCGCUUGACGUGAAUUUGCGCCGGUCGCAGCCAUGAAGGGCUUUAGGCAAAGGGUUCAUGAACAGCUCUCCAGAGCCAAAGAGGGUAACAAGUCAUCCAAGAAGAAAGACUCGACCUCGGGCACCUCGUCCCCUUCGCAAGGCGCCUCCAACUCGCCCUCCAACUCCGCCCAGAACACCCCGUCCUCCUCACAGACAGCGCUUGCCGACGCGCGAAGCAAGAUCCAGCCUGCCGCAGACGGCACUCCAGUCCCCGGUUUACAGCAGCCAGGCCAGCCCGCCGCCUCUGGCUCGCUGGGUGGUGCACCCCAAUUCGGCGCACAACAGGGCAUGGCGGGCCCAAGUACCGCUGGCAAUGCUGGCGCCUCGGGCCCAGGGACGCCCUCUAGGCUGGGGCAGCCUCUGGCGCCCAGCGUUGUCAUCAGCCCAAGCGCACCUCACAUUCCCCCUCCCGGUGCGGCAGAGACCAUGCCGGGCGACCUCGCACCACCCAAAGCUGGCCAGAAAUCGCUCAUCUUCGACCGCCUCCAAGCGACGCCCAAAGACAACAUCGAGGGGAUGAGGACACCCAAGAGGCAGCAUUCUUCACGAUUCGAUAUCUCAGACCAGCGCCAGCGCGAACUGGAGAAGCUGCCAGGGUUCCACGAGGUGCCACCGAACAAGCGGGAAGAGCUGUUCAUGCAGAAGAUCGACCAGUGCAACAUCAUUUUCGACUUCAACGAUGCUAGCGGUGACAUGAAGUCGAAGGAAAUCAAGCGCCUAGCCCUGCAUGAGUUGCUUGACUAUGUUGCCAACAAUCGCCAAGUCAUCACCGAGAAGAUGUACCCACGCGUGGUGGAGAUGUUCGCCAAGAACCUUUUCCGACCAAUCCCUCCCCCAAUGAACCCGCAAGGCGAAGCGUUCGAUCCCGAAGAAGACGAGCCCGUCCUCGAAGUUGCCUGGCCGCAUAUCCAGGUCGUGUACGAGUUCUUCCUACGAUUCAUCGAAAGUCAAGACUUCAACACCAACAUUGCCAAGGCGUAUAUAGACCAUAGCUUUGUGCUAAAUCUAUUGGAGUUGUUCGAUUCGGAGGACCCUAGAGAGCGCGACUUCCUCAAGACCACCCUCCACAGAAUCUACGGAAAGUUCCUCAACCUACGCUCGUACAUUCGUCGCUCCAUCAACAACGUCUUCUUCCAAUUCAUCUACGAAACCGAACGAUUUAACGGCAUUGCCGAACUCCUUGAGAUUCUUGGUUCCAUCAUCAACGGGUUCGCGCUGCCCUUGAAAGAGGAGCACAAGCUGUUCCUCACAAGAGUGCUCAUCCCGUUGCACAAAGUGAAGAGUCUCAGCAUGUACCACCCGCAGUUGGCAUAUUGUAUUGUGCAGUUCUUGGAGAAGGAUGCUGCCCUCACAGAAGAGGUUGUACUUGGACUCUUGCGUUAUUGGCCUAAAGUCAACAGCACAAAGGAGGUCAUGUUCCUGAAUGAGGUAGAGGACAUCUUCGAGGUUAUGGACCCCGCCGAGUUCGCGAAAGUGCAGGAGCCUCUUUUCAACCAGUUGGCCAAGUCGGUCGCUAGUCCCCACUUCCAAGUUGCGGAACGUGCGCUUUACUUCUGGAACAACGAGUACUUUUGCAAUCUUGUCAGUGACAAUGUAGAAGUCAUUCUCCCGAUCAUGUUCGCGCCCUUGUAUGAAAACUCCAAGGGACACUGGAACAGGACAAUUCACGGCAUGGUAUACAAUGCGAUGAAGCUGUUUAUGGAAGUCAACCCGCAGCUCUUCGACGACUGCUCGCAUGACUACGCAGAGUCUCAAAACAAUGCCGGCCAAAGACAGCAAAGCCGCCAAGAUCGAUGGGACAAGCUUGCAAAGCUUGCAGAAGCACGACAAAAUGGCAAUGUGGAGAAGCCGAUUACGGCCGCUUCGCCCAUGCGUGUAGACGACUCAGACCCGCUUAGCCAGGGCCGACUUGAGAAUUUGCGUUUACAAGACGACGCAUCGCGGGACAGACGGCCGAAGGAGUACGAGCGCCAGGGCAGCCAGACUUCGAACUCAGGAUGA